AUGGUGGCACGGCCAGGCCAUACGUCCCCUGGCGCCAUCACCCCAACCGUACCAUGGCCAUGGCCCCGUGUGCAUUGUCACACCUACAGUGGCACGGCCUACGUGUCCUCUGGCACUGCCACGCUGCCCGUGGGGAGCACCCAUGGGACGUCAUCGAUCCCGUUGGCUCCAGCGCCCGACGCUCUGGUGUGGGACGUCUCCAACUUCUCCUUGGUGGACGGCCAUCUAGUCCUGGUGGGCAGGGACGAGGAGGCUUCGUGCAGGAGCAGGAACCGGACAGGGAGCUCCAUCUCCGACAGCGCCAACCUCCACGCGCCAGGCGGGAGGAGAGACCCCGGUGAGCACGCUCGAGCUGCGCCGGCGCGCUCUGAUGCCGCGGUGUGUUGGCACGUGCCGGUGCGUGCAGCCGAGACGCCGCCGGCGGUGACGGUGCCCGACGGCGAGAGGGUCCCCAGCCGCAGCGGUUCACGGGAGUCGCUGCUGCCACCCCCCAGCGUGGCCGAGUUGGACCUCACCGGGGACAAUGUCAUCGUCCGGCCCGUGCACGGCAGCAUCGUGGGCGAGAAAUUUUGCUUUCAGAUCAUCACGGGCGAGGGCAGCCGCUCCUUUGGGUGCACGUCCCUGGCCGAGCGCGACCGCUGGAUCGAGAACCUGCGCCGGACCGUACAGCCCAACAAGUCGUUCCUCAUCGACCUCGGUGUGGCCGAGCUGGACCGUUUCGAUGACCGUGAGGCACUGAUCUUCCGUGAGAACACACUGGCCACCAAGGCCAUCGACGAGUACAUGAAACUGGUGGGGGGCAAGUACCUCCAGGACACGCUGGGUGAGGCCGUGGCCCAGCUCUGCACCUCGGACGAUAGCUGCGAGGUCGAUCCCAGCAAAUGUGCUGGUCUUGACCUUUCCGACAACCAGAACAACCUGCGGCAGGUCUGCGAGGAGACCUUCCAGCGCAUCGCUACGUCCUGCGACACUUUCCCGGCAGAGCUGGGCGAGAUCUUUGCAGCCUGGCAGGAGGAGUGCGCAGCGCGGGGCAAGACGCCCAUCGGGCAGCGCCUGGUCUCGGCCUCCCUCUUCCUGCGGUUCCUCUGCCCCGCCAUCAUGUCCCCCAGUCUCUUCGGCCUCGUCCAGGAGUACCCGAGCGAGGCCACCGCCCGUACCCUCACCCUCGUGGCCAAGGUCAUCCAGAACCUGGCCAACUUCACCACGUUUGGCGAGAAGGAGGCCUACAUGGGCUUCAUGAAUGAGUUCUUGGAGCACAACUGGAGCACCAUGAGAGACUUCCUGCAGAGCGUGGCCAACCCUGAGAGCAGCGUCCACAUGGCCACUUACGACGGCUACGUGGACCUGGCUCUGGAGCUCGCCACUCUCCACCUCCUGCUCUGUGACAUCUUCUCCAGCCUAGACCAGGCCACUCAGGAGGAACUGGAGCCCCUGCCCACCAUCCUGACCGCCAUCAGGGAGGGGACCCCUGUCCCUGUCUCCGUCCGGCUCAGCUCCACCACGGAGCGAAGCCCGGCAGAGAGCUUCAAACCAGGCUUCGUGCCACCACGGGACCUGAGCAAGCACAGCCCCCUCAUCAAGAGCCAGUCCCUCAUCAGCAUCCGCCGCGUCCGGGGUCGGGAGGACGGGCCAGAACCAGAGCCGACACCGGCACCGGUACCAUCCCCGCCACCCAGCCGGGAACGCCGCAAUGUGCAACGCACCCAGAGCGUGCCGGCACAGAACAAAGCCACCCGGCGCCUCCGCAAGCAGAGCAGCGCCGAGCACAUGGCAGAUCCGCCGGCCGAGGACAACCUGGGGUCCCUCGUCCCCCAUGAUGCCCCGCGCCUCCGGCAGCAGCUGGAGGAGGCGAAUGCCCGCGCGGCCAAUUUGGGCGCCAGGUUGACGGCGGCUGAAGGCACCAGGAAGAAGGACCUGGAGAGGCUGAAGAGCAGCGAAGAGAAGAACCGAGAGCUGGUAAGAGUCGGGGCGCAGGUGCACCCAGAGGUGAGAAGAGGGACCCGGGUGGGGACUGACACUGUCCCCUCGCAGGAGAGACGGCUGUCGGCGCUGGAGAGGGAGCAAGCGGAGCUGCGGGGUGCCAUCGCCCAAGCCCUGGGGCACCCCAGGAGGACGGGACGCCGGAUGUCGGCGCAGGGUUGGGAUGAGAGCGGUGACGAUGCUCAGGCCACCAGCGUGUAA